GAUGGACAACUACCGAUUGAAAGAAGAAUUGUGCCAUUGGUGUGCUCAAAAGCGAGAGAUGGUAUCUUCUUCCUAGGGAGGUUUGAUGCUGAGGGGAGGCAACAUCUCCCUUCAGAGAUAAUUGAGAAGUCGCCAACCCCACUGGAGGUGGUGGCACGUGCCAAGAGGCUGUUCGGGGAUGCUUUCCCAAUGCGACUAGUCCCGAGGUCAACGAUGGCUAGUGUUUUGGUUGCGCUGCAGGAAAAGGUCUACAAGUUCUACUUUUCGAUCAUGGAUGCUCGAGUAGACCCCAGCACUGCGGAUGCUCUCUCGGGGGCAGGCGUCAGAUGGUUCCUCCUGGAUGCAGUGAGGGAACGGAACAGCCAGGAGCUGGAGGAGAUUUCUAUCACAUCAGAGGUUUCUGCCCUCCUUCUUUUGAACUUGAACGAGAAGCUGCUAGAGAAGGAGAAUCUACACUCUAACUUCCUUGCCAGUGCCCUAGUGGAACCUUGGAGAACAGCAUCUCAGUCGUCUCAGUCACAGUCGUCGAGAGGAAGUUCGAUGAUCAGAUCCCCCGCAGUUGCACAAGGGAGAUGGGCUGAUGAAGUCCAUGAAUCUAACCGCAUCCAAAAUCAGGCGGUGUGGUCACCAGUGCAGGGAACAAGAGGUGGGGUAGCGAUACUACUGCACAAGAAGUGGUUACCGCACGUUAUAGAUUCGGAGGCAGACCUUUGGGGCCGUUGGGUGUGGCUGAGGUUGAGAUGGGGGCAAAAGGAUCUUGUGAUCAUGGGUAUCUACGCCCCAUCGGAGCCGAGUGGGCAGGCCACCUUCUUCAAGAGGCUGCAGAUGGUAAUUCCAGAGGCAGAUAGUCUGCUGGUGGCAGGAGACUGGAAUGUGUCAUUAGACGAUGCAAUGACUGAAGGCUCCUCUUCAGCAGGGAGAUCAGAUGCGGUAGCACUCCUUGACCUCUUGAGGAACCAGGAUCUUGCUGACCCCUUCCGCAUGCUGAACCCCGAUGAUCUGGGUUACACAUGGUUCUCUCAUAUCAGGAGGGACAAAGGAGAGAAGGUCCUUUCUGUGAACCACCUUGCUCACCCAAUUUCUGAUCACAAAGCAGUGGUGCUGGACGUACUUCUGGAUACGGGCUUUGAGAGAGGGAGGGGUCACUUCAAGUUCAAUAACUGGAACUUGGAGGAACAAGAAGUGGAGGACUGGGUGAAGGAGCACAUGAGAGACUGGCAGUCGGUGAGGGAACUCUUCCCCUCAUCAGUGGACUGGCUUGAUGGGGGCGUGGCAAUUAUCUCAGGGAUAAUGGACGUCUGUUCCCGGAUCCUGGCCAGGGACCGCAACAGGGAGGAGGCGGACUGUAAGAAGGCAGUAGAACGGGCGGAAUGGAAGAUGGAGCAACAUCCGGUCUCUGAGCUUUUGUGGGCGGCCGAAAGAGAGAGAAGCUUGGCAAAGUGGGACAAGCUCCAGUUGGAAAAGCAUCAAAGGUGGGAAGAGGCACUGCGAGUGAAGGGAGUGAUAGUGCAAGACAGGCUCACAAAGGACACUUUUCAGAGGUUACUGCCCAACAGAGAUUACCAACAAGUGGUUCAACUGAACCAUCCGUUUGACGAGAGGGCGGUCCCGGUAUCAGACCCGGGAGGAAUGCUGGAGUACGCCCGCCUAUACUACGCGGACGUUUUGAGCACCAGGCGUACACAUGACACAGUCCACUCAGAUCUAUCUCAAGAGAUUGAUAUGUGGGCAGACACAGCGGUGGUGUUGACGAAUGAGGAAAGGCUCUCCUUGGACAGGCCAAUAACGAUGGAGGAGGGCCAACAGACCUUAAGGGUAAUGGCGUCCGGUAAAUGCCCUGGGGUAGAUGGACUGACGGUGGAAUUUUACCGCAAAUUCUGGAAUACGGUAGGACGUCCGCUAGUAGAAGUUUACAAUGACGUCCUCACAGGGGGUAGGCUGGGCAAGGGGAUGACGCAUGGGGUUAUCUCGCUGAUGUUCAAGAAGGGUGACAAAGCCAAUGUCCGAAACUACCGUCCUAUCUCGGUGCUCAAUGUGGACUACAAGAUUCUAGCCAAGACGCUGGCGCUGAGACUGGGGAGGCUGCUAGCAAGUCUGGUGGAGAGGGACCAGGGUGAUUUUGUGCAGGGAAGGUCUAUAUUUGUUAAUAUUCUUACGGCUAUCGAGUUUGAGGUUGUGCAAGCCAAGAAUAGAGAAGUUGCAGUACUUUUGCUAGACUUGGAAAAAGUCUAUGAUCGUGUGGGAUGGGCAUUCGUUCUGGCGACACUAAGGAAAAUGGGUUUUGGUGAGGGUUUUUGCAGAUGGGUGAUUGCAAUGUAUACGCUGUCAACCUCAGCAGUUUUCGUCAAUGGCCACCUGUCUCAAUCGUUCCAGCUGUCCCGUUCACUACGUCAGGGUUGCCCCCCCGCCCCACUCCUCUUUGUGCUCCAGUUGGAGGUCCCCCUGAACUGCAUCAGGAAGCACCAGAGCAUUAGAGGCAUUCAGAUUUCGACAAACAAGGAUUGCAGGGUGAAAGCCCUAGCGGAUGACCUGUUUAUGGUAUCCGAGAAUUCCAAGUCAUCCCUAGAGGCGAUCAAGACAAUCCUCAUGAACUACUCACAGUUGUCUGAAGCGCUCGUCAAUUGGAACAAAUCUGCUUACAUUCUCCCUACACAAUACUCACUGCAAGUGGAAUGGGGAAUGCAGCGAGUGGACUCUAAGGCAGGGGAGCGAUUCUUGGGAGUAUUGGUGAGCCUACAGAUCAUGGAAAGUGCACAGGGACUGGUCCUGCAGCAAAGGUUGAUGACCAAGCUCAGGGUCUGGGGCUCAGCGUGGCACCUCUCCCUGUUUGGGAGAGCGUUGGUAAUCAACGUGGCCCUGUUCUCCCUUAUUUGGUAUGUUGGCACAGUGAGCCAAGAUUUAUGAAGUGGACGGAACUUGUGAGCUUACCUCUACCUUUUUUCUUGAGGAUUCUUUUUGGGGGAAACUACGUCGCAAAAACGAGUUAU